GCGCUUGGUUUCCAUGUUCAAGCCGUACGCAGCGGGCUCAAGCUGCAGCACUUUGAAAAAGAUUGCUUGGCAGCCUGGCGCCUUUUGCCAUGACGGAGCGCUGGCGCGACAUUCUCAAACAGCUCUCCAGCGAGCUCGAGCGUCAAACUGCAAAAUUGCAAGCGCUCGAGACUGAGAACCUGCAACUUCGUCAAGGUCAUGAGAGCCCAAUGUCAUCACCAGCCGCAGCUCUUCGCGUACAUGCCUCCCCGAGUGACUAUGACGAUGAUGACAGAGCACAGCCGGAGAUUAAUAUUUGUGAUCGCCGAAGCACGGGAUCACCCACCAGCAGUUGCAGCCCGAGCAAGCCUUGGGAUGCGACGUCCACCCAUGAUGAGACCCAUGAUGAGACCAAUGGCAAGGAGACGGAGCCGAAUGAGCCCCAGGAGGUCUGGGGCGGCACCUUGAAGCGUCAGGCAACGGAAGUGGACGUGGAGCUGAAGCAGCAGUUCGAGACCUUCAGGGAGCGGGAGAAACUGGUCCAGGUGCAGUAUGAGAGGAAGCCUUGGUACGUGGUAAACCCGCAGAGAAGCAACAAGUUUGCCGCCUGGCAGGUGAUCACAAUGCUGGCCCUAGGCUUUGUGGUGACGGUCGUGCCGUUUCAAGUGGGGCUCAUGGAGCUGAAGUGGGACCUGAUCCUCUUGACCAGCACCUUGGUGGACGGCAUCUUUCUCAUCGAUGUGUGCCUGCAGUUUGUGACCAUGUAUCCCAGGGCCACCAACAGCGGCACAAUUUGGGAGCAGAAAGUGGGCAAGAUCUCUCGCCACUACGUGAAAACAUGGUUUGCCCUGGACGCCAUGACUUUGAUCCCUUUCGACAUCAUCGACCUGGCCUUCAAUGCGGACUCGGUGGGUACCUUCAAGGGCACCAAGAUCAUCCGCGCCCUGCGGCUCCUGAAGCUCAUGAGGAUCCUCAAGACCUCCAGGUGGCUCCACAGAGUGGAGAUUGCAAUCUCAAUCCCGUACCAGCAGUUCGCGCUUUUUCGCUUUUUGCUCAUUUUGGUGCUAGUUUGCCACUGGCUGGCCUGCAUUUGGGCUAUGACACUCCAGUUGGCAGAUCCAAUUUAUCCGCAAUGGAUCAACGACAUCGAGAUUAUCGACUCCCAGUUUGGGAUUAUUACCAGAGACUCCCCGCUGCGCACAUACAUCAGCUCCUUGUACUUUUGCACUUACACCAUGACCUCCGUCGGCUAUGGAGAUAUUGGUCCAAAGAACAUCGCGGAACGCAUUGUGUGCACACUUAUCGUCUUGACCGCUGGCUUGUGCUGGGCCUACGUGCUUGGCGAGGUCUGCGCCAUUGUGAGUGACAUGAAUGCCGAGAGUCAAGGCUUUCGCAAGAAGAUGACCGAGCUGAACCGUAUGAUGAAGGAGCAGGGCUUGCCAUAUGACCUCCGCUGCCGCAUGCGCAGCUUCUUCCUUCAGAACCGGUACCAGGCGCUGUACGUGACCCGCCAGAAGCUCCGGGAAUGUAUGAGCCCGCAGCUUCAGUCGGAGAUUUGCACCGCGGUGAAUGCCCCAUGGAUCUCGAAGGUCCAUUUCUUCUCGAAGUUCAUGGAGUACGUGGAGGACGCUGAAGCGAAGGGUGUGGACGUGGACGCCUACAGGGCCUGCAUUGCGGACGUGUCCCGGGAGCUUAACUGCGGUGCAUUCUCUCAAGGGGAGCGGUUCGAUAAUGUGCAAGUGCUCUACAUCGUCUCCAAGGGCAUUGUGGCGUUGAACAGCCGCGUGGGGACCAACGGGGCCGUGUGGGGCGAGGAUUUCGUCCUGCAAGACACGAGCCUGAUCCGGCCGAUCAAGGGCUGCGCGCUGACCUACCUUGAAGUCUUGUUCCUCACCCGAGAGAAGUUCAUGAAAGUCAUCGAGCACCGGAGGCACACCUGUCCAUUCCUGGGCCAGGUGGUGCGCCAGUUCUGUGUCCGCUUGGCGGUCCGGAGGGGCUUCAUCCGAGAGGCCGAGCGGAGGAGCGGGGUGAAGAUCAAGCCGAAGAUUUUGGUGAAGACGGUCAAGGAGCACAAGGAGACCUCGCCCAAGUCGGCCAACUCGCCCAAGGAAACGCAGAAGGUGAUGGAAGAGGCCCUUCCGCCUCCUCAGCUCCCGUCGCCGAAGAACAUUUGCCCAAAGAGCGGCCUGCCUGGAUCACUGAAUGAUGAAUGCUGAGGUAGGUGGCUCGUUGAGCAGAGGCCUGUAGGUGGACCCGACUGCAAGAACUGUUGCUUCA